AUGUCAUCCAAUAUAACAACGCAAAAAGCUGCUGGUAAAUAUGCUCUGUCCGAUAUAACAACGCUAAUAACUGCUGGAACACCUGCUCUGUUACGAAAGGAUAUUGCGCGAGUCAGAUGGGCCGGAAUAUUUGGGUCCUUUGCCGUGGGAGAGCAAAGUGAAACCAGCGAUGUGGACGUGGUAGUCGUCCAUGACCCUGAUGAUACCAGGUCUAAGCACCCACCGGUUAUCUGGUGUUUGGAGGAUGUUCUCUCCGAGGCGUGGCGACGCGAGGUCGACAUUGUGCAUAUAACCCUUGGGGAAGACCUCCGUGGCUAUAUCGCCAUCGAAUCCUUAUUGUGCUCCAGGACCCUAUACGGCUCAGAUACAGACCCUGUCAUCGCCCAACUGCUCCAGCGCGCGAGAGACAUCCUAAACCAGGGAGUGACGCAUUUCAAUAAUAUCCUGAGCGAUAUAGAGAAAAUAAAGGCAAUGGUUUCUGGCAAGUCUGAACGGGAAUUUUGCUCAGACGUCCAGCUCCGCCAGGCGGUCUUGGAAGAAGUCAUAUCAAUAAUGGAUGCCAUAAAUAUCCAGCCUAGGUGGCAUCCUCUACAUGGACAUUUCUGGUACACGCUAAUCGAACCCUCCGAUCUCAUUCGGAAGAAGAUAAGUGACACCAAAGAUGUUGAUGCAAGUGGUAAUCAGGAAUGUCAGUUGUGGGAGCUACUUUGGGGGAUCGUGACAGCUUCCGGGGAUGGGACCUUCUGGGAUAUGCAGAGAAGGAUUGUGAGAUUUGUGCUGCCAAUUUUUGAGUACACAAGGACGAAGAGUGAGCUUGUUAAAAAGUUGGAGAGAGACGGUAAACGGUCAGCAGCCGGCAGUCCUGGAGAAGCCUGA